AUGUCACAGCCUGUUCCCUCUUCCCCCCAGGCAGCAGGGAGGCGGCAUUCACCUACGCCAUCACCGCCGCUGGGGUCGCCCACGCCGUGACGGCCGCAUGCAGCCAGGGUAACAUGAGCCACUGCGGCUGCGACAGGGAGAAACAGGGCUACUACAAUCAGGAGGAGGGCUGGAAAUGGGGUGGAUGCUCCGCGGACAUCAAAUACGGCAUUGAGUUCUCCAGGAAGUUCGUGGAUGCACGGGAGAUUAAAAAAAAUGCCAGGCGGCUGAUGAACCUUCAUAACAACGAAGCUGGCCGGAAGGUUCUGGAGGAACGGAUGAAGCUGGAGUGCAAGUGUCACGGCGUGUCGGGCUCCUGCACCACCAAAACCUGCUGGACCACACUACCCAAGUUCCGCGAAAUCGGCUACGUCCUGAAGGACAAGUACAACAAAGCGGUGCAUGUGGAGGUGGUCCGCGCCUCGCGCCUGCGGCAGCCCACCUUCCUCAAGGUGAAGAAGGCGGACGGUUACCAGAAGCCCUUAGAAACAGACUUGGUCUACAUCGAGCGUUCGCCCAACUACUGCGAAGAGGACGCCAAAACGGGGAGCGUGGGGACGCAGGGGCGGCUGUGCAACCGGACAUCGCCUCACACGGACAGUUGUGACCUCAUGUGCUGUGGGCGGGGCUACAACACGCAUCAGUACACCAAAGUGUGGCAAUGCAACUGUAAAUUCCAGUGGUGCUGUUUUGUGAAAUGCAACACCUGUAGCGAGAGGACGGAGGUGUUCACCUGCAAAUGAAUCGCUCGGCUCGUUUUGCACAGCAGAAUGUAUAUUUGCUUUAACACAGAGUUAAAAUACUAAACUCUAUCGGUAGGUACGAGCCCGGAGGUACGUGCACUGACUCGCGCUAAAGGACUGCAGGAUGCCAGCCGUGCAUGCUGGGAUUCGUAGUGUGGGACUCGGCAUCGUCUCAAAACGCCACGGAGGAACUCGUUGUGAGCUCAGUGCAAAUCGAGGAUGUAUAAAUGCCAACUGGAACCUGGUAGAGUAUGUUAGUUAUCCAGUCACACUGGAUCUAUCUGUUUGAACACUGAAAAUAAAUUAUUCUAUAUUAUAUGUCAUAGUCUCCUAAGGAACCGAAGCGCUAACGGGUAGAAAUGUGUUCUUUUGUACUAAGUGUAAACCGAGAGAAAGACUUUGUAGAAGUUUGUGACUGAAAACGUCUUGUAGAGGGUAGGAGAAAGGCCCUGUGUUUUGCAACAGGAACGUUUGAUGGCUAAUGAUGUGUUGACUUAUGAAACCACUGUCAUUUUUUAUUUUUUUUGGUCAGCUGACGCAUGUUAGCAUGGGUUCAUCUUUGCUGUAAUCUAGCCGUAGUUCUCAUUAAGGUAUGCCAUAGACGUUCGGGCCACUUUUCCUUUUUCCGACUUUGCUAAACCAGUCUCUGCGAUUCAAAGAUCCUUCCUCAGUUCAUGAAAUGUGGAACGAGUAUAUUUCUGGAUAUGUUACAGAGUGCCGCACUGAUAUUUUUUCUAUUCAGAUACGAUGCAAUUAAAAGUAAAAUACAUAUCAA